AUGGUGGGGUGCGAGGUUUGCGGUGGAUGUGCUGCCUGGGCGUCCUCCUCGCCAUCGACAGCUGGUGGCACCAGCGCCGCCAACUGGCCAGGGCGCUACGCGCAGAGGAGGAUGCCCACGGGACGGAGAGGCAGGCCUGCCGAAGUGGAGGCUGAGGCUCGCCGGGCGGAGGGGCAGAGUCGUGUCGCCCUAGAGGAGAUGCGAGGGGAGCUGCAAGAGGAGCUUCGGGACUCCCACAACAGGGAGGAAGAUGCCCGGCGGGCCUUGGCGGCCGCGAUUGAUGGGAUGGAGAGGGCAGCGAGGCGGUGGGAGGUGUUAUGGGCCAGAGCCCCGCGUGCGGAGGACGCCCGCGCCGCGGAAGCGACGUCCCGCGGAGCGGAGCGGCUGGCCCACCGGGCGGAGGCGGGGGUCCGCGGGCAACUGGCGGCGGCCCUCGAGGAGGCGGCGGCGUCUUCGCGGCGGGAGGCCGAGGCUCGCGUCGCCAUAGCGGAGGGCGUGGAGCAACUGGAGAGCCUCCGCCGCGAGAGGGAGGACGCCCGGCGGGCCGCUGCGGCGGCAACUGAGGGGAUGGAGAGGGCGGUGAGGGGGUGGGAGAGGCUGCGCGGUGAGGUGCGCCGCCGCCUGGGUGCCGCGGGAGAAGAUCGGGAGGACGAGUAA